UGCUACGUGAUCGUGAUGUGCGCCGUCGUGUACUCGGGGGAUAAGAUGGCGACGGUGGCGGCGGCGGGGGCGGGGCUCGGGGCAGAUAUGGUGCUGUAUGUGUUGUGCAGGUUCCGUGUGCUGCCGGAGGCCGUGAUGCGCCACGCCGUGCCCUUCACGCUGUGGAUCCUCAUCACGCUGCACCUGCUCUUUUACGUGGGAUUUAACUUCGCCGGGUUUAACGAGGCGAGCGACGCAGUCGGGUGGCAGACAUUCUUCACCUUCUCGCUGUUCCUCACCAUGCCGCUGCCGCUCACACACAUCCUCGUACUGACGGCCAUCACAUGCAGCGUACACACGGCCCUGCUCGCCGUCGUCAUCUCACUGAGGGGGCAGGUGAACCUACAGGGCACCGUACUGGUCCGACAGCUGGUGGCUAACGUGAUGCUGUACCUGGGUGCUGUGGUUGUGGGUGUGAUGUCAUAUUUCAUGGCUGAUCGUAAAUAUCGCACAGCGUUUCUGGAAGCCAAACAGUCGCUGGAGGUUCGACUCACACUGGAGGAACAGAGCCAACAACAGGAGGAGCUGUUGUUGUCCAUUUUGCCGAAGCACAUUGCUGAUGAGAUGCUGCAGGGAAUGAAGAACGAAGCGAAUCAGAAAUCAGAGGCUCAACAAUUCAACACCAUGUACAUGUACCGACACGAGAACGUCAGUAUCCUCUUUGCUGAUAUUGUAGGUUUUACUCAGUUGUCAUCGGCCUGCAGCGCUCAAGAACUCGUCAAGCUGCUUAACGAACUCUUCGCCCGCUUCGACAAAUUAGCUGCUCAACACCAUCAGUUGCGUAUUAAGAUCCUGGGUGAUUGUUAUUACUGUAUCUGUGGAUUACCGGACUACCGUGAAGAUCAUGCAGCCUGUUCCAUCAUGAUGGGCCUCGCCAUGGUGAAGGCCAUCUCGUACGUGCGUGAGAAGACUCAGACAGAGGUGGACAUGCGUGUCGGUGUGCACACUGGGACAGUUCUGGGCGGAGUUUUAGGACAGAAACGGUGGCAGUUUGAUGUCUGGUCCACUGACGUCACCGUCGCUAACAAAAUGGAGUCCGGCGGAAUCCCAGGGCGUGUACACAUCUCCCAGUCAACGAUGGACUGUCUGCACGGAGAGUUUGAGCUGGAGCCGGGGAACGGAGGAGAACGUUGCGAGUACCUGAUGGAGAAAGGUAUCGACACCUACCUGGUGCUUGUUCCCAAGGAAACACACACAGUGGGCAGAGUCAGUAAUGGAUGGACGGGCGGCGUGCUGACCAAUGGGAACUCUGCUCCCCUCAUCGCCACCACAGAGACCACGGGCAGUGUGUGUUCCAUCCGUGGUGUUGCUAAUGACAUGGGCGAGGAAAACACACAGAAGCUGCAGUUGAGCGGUCUGGCGGAUGGAGAGAUGGAGAACCAACAGGAACUGAACAGACUGCUGAGCAAAGUGCUACUGGACAGAGAGUCGGAGAAGACGAUGAAGGAGAAGAGCACCACCGCUCUGUCUCUGCACUUCAUCGAUUCCGAUCUUGAGUCUCGUUACUCAGCAGAGAAAGAACGUCAGACUGGUGUUGCGUUCAGCUGCAGCUGCAUCGUUCUUCUCUUCACCUCCGCCAUGGAAGUGCUCAUCGAUCCUCAGCUGACGGUAAACUAUGUAACAUUGGUGGUGGGCGAAGUGCUGCUCGUCAUCCUCACCGUCUGCUCACUGGCAGCCAUUUUCCCACGACUGUUCUCAGAGAAGCUGGUGUCAUUCUCGAUGUGGAUCGAUCGGACACGCUGGGCGAGGAACACUUGGGCGAUGGCGGCCAUCUUUGUUCUAGCCAUGGCUGAGGUGGCUGACAUGCUGAGCUGUGUUCAGCCCUCUGUCAUUCUAUUCAACACCACUUCGGGAUUAACGCUGAAGUCUCUGGGUGAAGGCGGUUGUGCUGAAAACCCCCAACACUACAGCUUCAUGGCCGUUCUGUCGCUCGUGGCAACCAUGAUGCUCGUUCAGGUCAGUCACCUCGUUAAGCUUGCGCUAAUGGCACUCAUCACCGUGGCAACCGCCAUAGUGGACAUCUACAGCUGGAGUACCAUUUAUGAAAUCUAUGACAUCCUACGCUUCAUGAACUACAGGUAUGACCUGGUUCCUUCCAAAUACCUGAUGACGGUGAUGAUCAUUGUGAUGAUGAUUAGCUUCUACUACUUUGCUCGGCAUGUGGAGCGUCAGUCUCGUAAGUUGUUUCUGUGGAAGAUUGAGGUUCAUGAUCAGAAGGAGAGAGUGUAUGAGAUGAGGACGUAUAACGAGGCUCUGGUCACUAACAUGCUGCCAGAACAUGUGGCAAAACACUUUCUGGGCUCCAAGAAACGAGAUGAGGAGCUGUACAGUCAGUCGUACGAUGAGAUCGGUGUGAUGUUUGCGUCCAUCCCGAAUUUCUCGGAUUUCUACACAGAGGAGAGCAUCAACAACGGCGGCAUCGAGUGUCUGCGCAUCCUUAAUGAGAUCAUCUCCGACUUCGACAGCCUGCUGGACUGGCCUCAGUUUCUCUGCAUCACUAAAAUAAAGACAAUCGGCAGCACGUACAUGGCGGCUUCAGGAGUGACGCCGGAGAGCAACACGAACGGCUACAGCAGCCGGAAGAAGGAGGAUCAGUGUAUUCUGGAGCGCUGGCAGCAUUUAGCUGAUUUGGCAGAUUUCGCUCUGGCGAUGAAAGUCACACUGAACAACCUCAACAAACAGAGCUUCAACAGCUUCAUGCUGCGUAUCGGAUUGAACAUGGGUGGUGUGUUAGCCGGUGUGAUCGGAGCGCGGAAGCCUCACUAUGAUAUUUGGGGAAACACUGUGAACGUGGCCAGUCGUAUGGAGUCCACAGGAGUUAUGGGUAAUAUCCAGGUGGUAGAGGACUGCUAUAAGAUCCUGAGGGAGUACGGGUUCCGCUUCAUACGCAGAGGUCCGAUCUACGUGAAGGGAAAAGGAGAACUGCUCACCUACUUCAUGAAGGGAAAAGACAAGCCGCCGCCCACAAAUGGCACCACCCUCAUCCCGCCCCUCCCCCACCAAAUACCCACCCACAGCUGAACACACAAACACACACACACAUGUCCUGAUGACGCCCAGUGUGGUCCAGAUGCAGAGGGACAAAUAUGUUACCGGUCAAAGGGGGCGGGGCUUAAUGUAGAUCUGCUCAGCGAAUCAGGAACUUCAAAUAUGAAUAGUUUAUUUACCGUUAGCUAGCAUUAGCACUGAGCAGUAUAUAGUUAGCUUGUUAGCUUAGCUAACUCUGCGAAACCAUUAUAUAUAAAUAACGGCAAUAUUUUACGCUA